CCUUCAGGGCACCAGAGAAGACAGGAAGAUCAGGAGAAGAAGCACAUUUCUUGUACUUCAUCUCCCCAUUUUUUAAGUUCAGAGUCUGUUUUCUUAUCAAAUUUGACUUUGAUCUGUGACUAAUCAUGAGACUUGGAGUCCUGGCAUUUCUGGUUCUUGGAACCUGUUCUUUAAGAGCCUGGUGUGCGCCACUCAAAUCUGUGUAUGUGACGUUCCCUGGAGAAGUGAUCAAGAACAUGACAGACAUACAGCUGGCAGAUGAGUACCUGAAGCGUUAUGGCUACGCAGAUGUUCUCCAGAAGAGUAAACUGCAGGACGUCGUGACCAAUCCUGAAGUACUGAAGAAGCUCCAGAGGCAGCUCGGUCUGGAGGAGACAGGCUCGCUUGACCAGUCCACGGUUGAUGCCAUGAAGCAGCCUCGCUGUGGGGUCCCAGACAUCCGCAACUAUCAAACUUUCACAGGAGACCUGAAGUGGAAUCACAAAAAUGUUACAUACAGGAUUUUGAACUAUUCACCCGACAUGGAUGCCUCUUUGAUUGAUGACGCCUUUGCCAGAGCUUUCAAAGUCUGGAGUAAUGUUACCCCUCUUACGUUCACACGCCUCUUUGAAGGCACUGCUGACAUCAUGAUCUCCUUUGGGAAAGCAGAUCACGGCGAUCCCUAUCCUUUUGAUGGGAAAGAUGGGCUGCUGGCUCACGCCUAUCCUCCGGGUGAGGGAAUACAGGGGGAUGCCCAUUUUGAUGAUGAUGAAUACUGGACCCUUGGCUCUGGGCCAGCGAUUAAAACCUACUACGGUAAUGCAGAAGGUGAAACGUGUCACUUCCCCUUCCUGUUUGAGGGAAAAUCUUACACCAGCUGCACCACGGAGGGACGCACAGAUGGUCUCCCCUGGUGCGCAACCACCGCAGACUACGACAAGGACAAGAAAUUUGGCUUCUGCCCCAGUGAGCUUCUCUUCACAUUUGGCGGGAACAGCAAUGACGCACCAUGUGUUUUCCCCUUCGAGUUUCUGGGGGUGAAAUAUGACGCAUGCACCAAAGAUGGACGAACUGAUGGCUAUCGCUGGUGUGCCACUACAUCCAGCUUUGACACUGAUAAGAAGUUUGGAUUCUGCCCUAAUAGAGAUACGGCCGUGAUUGGUGGAAAUUCAGAAGGUGAUCCAUGCCAGUUUCCUUUCACCUUCCUUGGAAACAAAUACACUUCUUGCACCAGUGAAGGCCGUAGUGAUGGAAAACUCUGGUGUGCAACUACCAGCAAUUAUGACACAGAUAAAAAAUGGGGAUUUUGCCCUGAUAAGGGAUACAGUCUGUUUCUGGUGGCUGCUCAUGAGUUUGGACAUGCACUUGGUUUGGACCACUCCAACAUCAAAGAUGCUCUGAUGUAUCCCAUGUACAAAUACAUUGAGAAGUUCUCUCUGAAUCGUGAUGAUAUCAAUGGCAUUCAGUAUCUUUAUGGACCUAAAACUGGCCCUGAUCCCACUUCUCCAGAACCACAGUUCACCACUUCCUCUCCGAUUUUGCCAACUAAAUCCACCCCGAGUGAGAAAACAACCACUGUUUCUACCACAACUCAUGUAGACCCUUCACAGGAUGCCUGCGAAAUCAAUGAAUUUGAUAGCAUUACUGAAAUCCAGAAAGAGCUUCAUUUCUUCAAGAAUAGGCACUACUGGAAGAUCUCAAAAAAAGGAGAACGCGAAGGUCCUUUCUUGAUAUCUGAGAAGUGGCCUGCCCUGCCAGCCGUCAUUAACACUGUCUUUGAGGACCAGCUCACGCAGAAGAUCUACUUCUUUGCAGAAAAACAGUUCUGGGUUUUUACUGGAAAUGAGGUGUCUGGACCAAGUAAAAUCGAGAAGCUCGGCCUGCCAAGCAGCUUGGACAGAGUGGAGGGAGCUAUGCAGAGAGGGAACAGCAAGGUGCUCCUGUUUAAUGGAGAGAACUUCUGGAGACUCGAUUUAAAGGGUCAGAUAAUAGACAAAGGAUACCCUCGAUUAACUGACUCAGUUUUUGGUGGAGUUCCCAUUGAUUCACAUGAUGUGUUCCUCUACAAGGGAUCCUUUUACUUCUGCCGAGAGGGUUUCUACUGGAGAAUGAAUGCCAGAAGGCAGGUUGACCGAGUCGGAUAUGUGAAGUACGACCUCCUGAAAUGCUAAACUGUGCAGUCACCGUGCACAGUGAAAACGUCCAACAUCCUAAUCUGAUGACAGAGCCCUUUUUAAUAGGGAAACCAUUUCUCUUCAGUGUAAAAUGUAGUGAGGAAGACUUUUAAUGUUAUAGGGAAAGAACUGAUUUAACACUGAAAUUAUCAUAGGUACAGGAUGUUAAGCAUAUUUGUCUGUCAGCUUUAACAUGGUCUUAUAAUUUAUUUUCCGCUUACUCUAUAACUGCUUUGUUCAUGAUGAGUUUCUUAACAGCACAUUAAGAGAAACACAGCUUGUUCUAUAAAACUACAAUGAGGCACUGCCAGUCUAAUUCUAGGAAUUAAGUUUGUUUCUGUAAGUGUAUGAGUGGAGUCACCUCAGGGAAAAAUUAGCGUAAAUGCAUUUAACAAAGCACCCAUUCUCUGUAUUGACCCCACUCAUAUGGUUUUCAAAGCAAAGGUUUAUUUUUAGCCUUAGAGCUAAUAUUGAGUUGUUAUUAAGUCCAGAUUUUGGUGUAUUGUGAAAUCAUUUGCCUGGUGUAAAUGAUAUAAUAUUAUUAAUUUAAUGUUCCACAUUCCACUUAUUUAUAUUUUUAUUUGUUUGUUGCAUUGUUUAUGAUUACUCAAUAAAUUUGUAAACAAGACCAUUCAA